GCAACGACGUUAACCUCCAUCGUUUUAACUGCUUCAUUCGCAACAUUUCUUUGAAGUCGUGCAUUUUGCGUGUUUUCGUUUAGGAAUUUUGUGAUUUUUAUCUGAAAUAUGACUGACGAGGAUGUUCCGGAAGAUCUACGCUGCCGCGUCUGUCUCGAAACCGAUGUUAAUGAACUGAUGUCUUUGUUUUGUGUCGCUUCUACUCAAAAAAUGCUGCUGGCGCAUAUGGUUUUAGCUUGUACGGGUGUUCCGAUUUCAACUCUUGAUCAGCUACCACAGCUGGCAUGUGAUGGAUGCGUCGGACAAUUGGAUGUGGCAUAUUCUUGUUGGAAACGAUGCCGCCAAUCCUAUGGAAACUUUAAACGAAGCUCACGCUUGACUAGUGAACAAGACGAUUAUUGUUGUCGAAUCUGCCUGAAGAAGGAUUCACAGGAACUAGUUUCCCUGUUUUGCAUUUGUGACAAACAUUUGAUGAAGAUCAGCGACAUGAUAAAAAAAUAUGCUGGUCUAGAGAUAACCGAAGACGAUGGCUUUCCUCAGUACAUUUGCGUCGAUUGUCUGGGGCAACUGAACAUUGGCUACAGUUUUCAACAACAAUGUCUACGUUCAAAUGCGAUAAUAAGGAAACAAUUAUCAGAAAACUCACAAAAGACAAGAAAUGAUAAUCUGAAAGCACAUAUGCGAUCACGUCGAUCAAGGGCAGAAGUCAUAACUGACGAAACGGCAGAUCUUUCAUCUGCUUCUGAAUCAAACACUUGGGAAGUUACAAGUGCAAAACUGAAGCCAUCCCAUCGAAUCAAGUCACGAUCAGCAAUCGUACAACAGGUUGUACGUCCAAACACAUCGGUCAGUCCACCGAGAAAAGUAUUUCGACCUGCGAAAUCAGCCGCAUCACCGCUUACAUAUAAAACCACUAACUCAACAAGUCGCCUCGACACUUCACCGCAGAAGGCGUCAAACGUAAUAUCAUUUUCUACUCCGAAAGAAUUUAAAAAGCUUGCAGAUACAAUAGUUUCUAAAGCAACAAAAAAUAGCAAGCUUAUUCCUAACCGCUUUAAAGUGCUACAAGAUAAGGGUCGUUAUUCUGCUUCACAAAUAGUAAGUUUUACAUGCUCUACCUGUCGAACGCACUAUACAUUGGAUGCAAUAAAAGAAAAAUGCGUUAAGUGUAAGCUGCCGUUCGAAAACUUCACACCGUUCAAAGGUGAUACCAAGCAAAAAAAGCUUAAACCACACACGGGCUUUUGCUGUAACACAUGCAGUUUCUUUGGUUCAACGGUCCAAGCGAUCAAUAAUCAUUUAAGGAAACAUGAGGAGAAAAAAAUAACAAAGCAACAAAAUGUCUCUUCUAAAAUUCCGGAAUCUGCCGAAAUUAAAGAGGAAAUGGAUUGUGUUAUCGAACCAGCUAUUGAAUCAGAUCCUCUGGAAACAGUUCAACGGCGGCGUAGCAUCCAUGAGGAAAAGCCUAGCAACGGACUGGGGAAUUCGCUUGUUGUUAACGAAAGUCAGGACACUUUCAAUGUUACGGUCGAGUUGGACGAAUCCGAUGAAAUCGAUUCUCAAAUGCGAGAGAUUUUUGGAAUGGACGACGAUCCAAGUUUAGAGAGUGUAUCUGCGGGCCAAGAAAAUCCGAUGAAUUCAGACAACGGGUUAGAUUCAUACGUACAAAAAUACGAAAGCAACAACGAUAGUGACGAGGAGAACGAAAUCGCUAACAAAGUUUUUGAUCUUAUACACGAAACGGAUCACUACAUGGUUCUCUGGUUGAAGGGUCUUAUCUGUUGCGGGUGUUUGCAGUUGUUUGAUUCGUCCGUGGCCUUACGUCGCCAUCAGCAAACAGUCCAUUCUCAGCUUCGCGGUCAGACGGAUGGAAUCAGCUGUACUAUUUGUACGGUGGAGUGUGAAAGCGUUCAUGAUGUCAAAAUGCAUCUUUUGCUAUCGGUGAAAAAGAUUUUCUACUUUUGCAAAAUCUGCUCACAGCUGUUACUAUCGGAUACGGACUUUGAAGAUCACCGAAGUUCUCUGCAUCCCACAAUCGUAACCGGAAGCAACGACACAGUUUGUGUAGAACCGCAAAACAUGAUGGUUUCGAAGCAGGAAACAACAAUUGCGUCAAUUGAACUCAAUGCCCACCUAACUGCUGAUGACAAAGUCGCUUUCGAUUUGAUUAAGGAAACAGAUGAGUACAAGGUUCUUUACCUGAAGUGUUUCCUUUGCUGCAGUUGUAAUCGGAUAUACAAAACUGAAAAGGGGCUUCAGUUACAUUGUUUUGAAUAUCAUCACGUAUACAGAAAUCCCACAGGCCAAAACCUGUGCAACCAGUGUCAUAGUGUGUUCAAAACGGAAGCACAACUCAUUCGUCACCAGUUGCAAGGCACCAAGAAAUUGUACUACUCAUGUAAACUAUGCCGAAAUAUUUUACUCGAGAAUGAAGUUGACUUUGAGUCACACUGUGCGACUAGACACGCUAAGUUGAUGAAAAUUAACAAACUGCUAGAACCCACAGUAAACCAAUCGAUGCUUGUUCAAAAAAUGGACGACUUUUAAAAAAUAUGAAUUUCUCAUAAAUAAAGUAUUUGAAUGUUUUGCUCAUGAAAACAUA